GAUCCGGGGAGCCUAUCGGAUGUUAGCGCAGGUGAGAGCCUGUGUGGGGAGACCCGGGGGUGGAGAAAGAGUGAGCUGCUCCGCCUAAUGCUGCAGGAUUUCGCAUUCCUGGAGACGUCUCCCCCUGCCUGCAGCUGCCACGUGUUCAAUGGCACAGGACAAUGAGACCUCGGUAGGAAGUUCUUCUGUGUCAUCUUCCCUGGAAGUAGACUCCACUCUCUACGAGGGCUACGUCUGUACCUUGAUCCCAGAGCUGGUCCUCAAGGCUAGGGAAGAACUUCAGGAGAAGCCAGAAUGGAGGUUACGUGAUGUGCAGGCUCUGAGGGACAUGAUAUGGAAGGACUACCCUAACCUAAGAACACGAGUUGAUGACGCUUUCCUGCUCCGCUUCCUGAGGGCUCGCAAGUUUGACUAUGACCGAGCUCUACAGCUAUUGGUUAAUUAUUACAGUUGCCGGAAAGGUUGGCCAGAAGUAUUUACCAAUCUGAGACCUUCUGCGAUUAAGCCUGUGUUGGACUCUGGGUUCUUGACUGUGCUACCUCAUGCAGACACAGAUGGAAGACGUAUUGUCUGUAUUCGCCCAGGUCAGUGGAAUCCCCGAAAUUUCCCAAUUACUGAAAACCUUCGUGCCAUGUAUCUGUCUCUGGAAAAACUAAUAGAAGCCGAGGAAACCCAAGUGAAUGGUAUUGUGAUCUUGGCAGACUAUGAGGGGGUUGGAUUGUCCCAAGCGUCUCAUUUUGGACCAUUUAUUGCCAAGAAGAUCAUCGGAAUUCUUCAGGACGGGUUUCCAAUUAGGAUAAAAGCAGUCAACAUAAUCAAUGAACCCAGAAUAUUUAAAGGUAUUUACGCCAUACUGAGGCCAUUUCUGAAGGAGAAGAUAGUAAAGAGGAUAUUCCUGCAUGGGUCAGACCUGAGCUCCCUCCAUAGCAACAUUCCGAAGUCCAUCUUGCCGGAGGAAUAUGGGGGCACAGCCGGGAAGCUGGAUAUUUCCACGUGGAGCCAGAUCCUCUUGGCGUCCGAAAAUGACUUUGCACAAGACUUUUGCCAGGCAAACCUCACCCGAGACGGCUCCCUCCAAGGGUUUGUAAUGAACGACGCAGAUUCGGAAUACGCGCAAUGCGAGGAGUCUGCACGCGGGGUUAAAUCCCAGCUCUACUGUUACUGAAUAGUAUUCCUGUGCCGUCCCCGUUCUGUGCUGGAACAGUGGCCGAGACCCUGGGUCCAGCGUUUGAAUAAAUGUCCAUGAACAGGUUAAAGGGGUUGGCCACUUUCUGGUUACUGACUAUAUGGCAUCCAAUAAUCUAGCUGCGCCAUUUUCUAUAUCUCAUAGGGUAUGCCC